AUGCCUUAUCUAUUUACUGGAUAUUCCUUAGAUGAUCUAUACCUAGGGCCAGAUGAUGACAUAGAAUAUGAUUCUGUGUCAUCCGGAUCACCAGAUGUCUUGGCUGCAAUCCCUGAUCAAUCACCUCUGGCUCAAGCUGAUCAUCCAGGUUUUCUCAUCGAUCCAGACUUGUACCUUGGGCCUGAGGGUGAUAUCAUUGAUGUGGAUGAGUUGCCAGAUUCUGCUGAUCCUAAGAUUGAUGUUCCGGCUGCAUCAGAAGCGUCUAUGUCAUUGGAUGACACCUCUAAUGAACUUCAGUCAGAGCAGCUGGAGCUCACUAAUGAAGAUUUACGUUCGAUGGCCUGGGAGUUCUGA